AAAAUUCCCACUGAAGCCAGUGUAAUUUGGGUUUCAAACUGGGCACUUAUGUAAUUGAGAAUCUCUCCUAUUGAUUCAUUUAUGUUCUUUUUUCUCUUUUCUCCCCUCUCAUUCCCAUGGACCCUCUGGCAGAACUGGGACUCACCAGAGCCCGAAGCUACGCAGUGGACGUGACUCUGGAUCCAGACACGGCAAAUCCCUGGCUCGUCCUGUCUGAGGAUCGGAAAUGUGUGAGACUCGGAGACACACGCCAGGAUCUGCCCAACAACCCUGAGAGAUUUGAUCCUUGUGUCAAUGUCCUGGGCGCUGAGGGGUUCGCCGGUGGGAGGCGUUACUGGGAGGUGGAGGUGGGAGACAAGACUGAGUGGACUCUGGGGGUUUGUAGGGAAUCUGUGAGCAGGAAGGGGGACAUCACACUCUCACCUGAUGAUGGAUACUGGGCCGUGUGGCUGGAGGAUGGGGAAUACGAGGCCGGCACCUCCUCCUCGGCCCCCCUCCCCGUGAGCGUCAGGCCCAGCCGGGUGGGGAUUUUCCUGGACUAUGAGGCGGGCGAGGUCUCAUUUUACAAUGUGACUGACGGGUCCCAUCUCUUCACUUUCACUGGCACCUUCUCUGGGACGUUCCGCCCUUAUUUCAGUCCCUCUCUCAACGCUGGGGGUACAAACGCAGCUCCCCUGAUAAUCUGCCCGGUCCCAGCUCAGGCCGGAGGGAAUCUCGGUUCCUGACAGUGACCCCGAGGCACAGACUGUCCCCUCCCAGCCCUGCUGCUCUUCCCUCCCCCAGUGGUGGGGAGCCAGUUACUGCAGCAACUGGACUUUCUGUGCUGAUCGGACGCUGCCAGUUUCCCUGUUCAACUGCAGCUUCCAGUCGAAAAACAGACACCUGGAAAACCCCCAGCCCUCACCUUUCCCCGUCCCCUGCCCCCGGGGUAGCAGAUGGGGGUGGAUGGGGUCAUUUACCCCUGUCAGAAUUUUCUACCCCUGUGAAAUCUCAACAUAAAAUAUGAAAGAAAAAAGAUUAUUCUAAUUUAGAAAAUAUUAUUGUAACAAGGUGUAAAUACAAGAACAUUUUAAUUUACAUUUCAACAGUAUUUCAAAAACAAGCAUCUAAACAUAUUUUUAGAAUUGGAAUUAUUUACAUCUAUUUUUUGAUUCUUCCCUCAAGUCUAUGUUGAAGUUUUACUUCUCUAAAUAACGUCAUUUGUAUUUCAACUGUGGAAUUUCAAGAAAUCCAAAAUAUUUAUCUUAACAAAAUAAA